AUGGUCGUCCCCUAUCAGUCUUCUGCGGCUGGUGUUCUUGCUUUGCUAUCCGAGCCAGAUCCUGUUUUCAAGCAACAUGCAUUAAAGUCCCUCAAUGACCUGGUCCCGCGGUUUUGGGCCGAGAUUUCGGAACACAUUGCUCUCAUUGAAUCCUUGUAUGAUAACGAUGAUAUGCCCAAGGACGCACGAGAUUCAGCUGCACUACUGGCCAGCAAAGUCUACUACUUCCUCGGAGAGUAUGUAGAGUCCCUUUCAUUUGCAUUGGGAGCAGGAAACGCGUUUGAAGCCGAGUCUCGCGUUCUUGGCUCAGAAGAGUAUGUGGAGACUGUGAUGUCAAUGGCGAUCGACAAAUACAUUGAGUUGUGUACCGAAGAACAGGCGAGCAGCAAACAAGACAAAAUCGAUCCACGUCUUCAGCGCAUUAUAGAAAACAUAUUUACACGCUGCAUAUCCGAAGGAGAAUAUAAGCAAGCGGUUGGGAUCGCAUUGGAAUCCCGUAGAUUGGAUAUCAUAUCCAAAAUAUACGAACAAGUGAAAGACACAUCCAUCCUAUCUUAUGCUAUGGAAGCUGUGAUUGACUCUGGUUUUUCACUGUCAUAUCGUGACACCGUUCUUCGUUUCCUCUUCCCCCUCUUCCCUCGGCCAACCGCUGGUGAUGGGUCGGCGCUUGCGCAUGCCCUCACGCGACUACUGGUCACUCUCGGUGACCCAUCCCUAACCGUUCCGCUGCUGGUCUCGCUUGUACCUAAGGAGAAGCUGCUCGCCUAUCAAUUUUCCUUUGACCUUGUAGAAGGCGGAGCACGAGACUACUUGGAUCUUGUCCGCACCCAACUUCCUGCUGGUGACGAUGAUACGAAGGAAAUUUUCGACAAGAUACGGAGUAUUCUCACCGGUCAGGAGUCGGUCAAACUUUAUCUUGAAUUCUUGAAACGGAAUAAUCACGUCGAUACUCUCAUCCUCAAGCAUACUAAGGAUUCCUUAGAGCCUCGUUCGUCUAUUUAUCACACGGCACUAACGCUCCAGAACGCGUUCAUGCACUCUGGUACAACCUCAGACUUAUUCUUGCGUGAAAAUCUGGAAUGGCUCGGACUUGCGUCCAAUUGGUCGAAAUUUUCCGCCACUGCAGGUCUGGGUGUAAUUCACAAGGGUUAUUAUGAGCAGGGAAUGACCAUUUUGGGCCCAUACCUUCCUCAAAACGGCAACGAAAGUAGCGUUCCUGGUGCUGCAUACUCUGAGGGCGGUGCACUGUAUGCCUUAGGUUUAAUCAAUGCAGGGUGUGGAACCGAGGUUUCCGGAUAUUUAAGGGAGGCACUGCGGUCUGCACAAGGAGAAGUUGUUCAGCAUGGAGCGGCCUUAGGCUUAGGGAUUGCUGCAAUGGGGUCGAAGAACAUGGAAACAUUUGAGGACCUCAAAAAUAUCCUCUUCAUGGAUUCUGCCGUUGCUGGUGAAGCCUCGGGUUACGCAAUGGGUCUGAUUAUGUUAGGUACCGCCACAGAAGAGCCUGUGCGCGAAAUGCUGUCGUAUGCCCGCGAAACUCAGCAUGAAAAGAUCAUACGUGGCCUUGCGAUUGGUAUUGCGUUUGUUUUCUAUGGUCGUCAAGAAGAGGCCAACCAGACAGUGAAGGAACUGCUCGCCGAAACAGAUCCAAUUUUGCGUUACGGAGGUGUUUAUACGCUCGCGCUGGCUUAUGCUGGAACCUCCAAUAACGAUGCUGUCCGCCAGCUAUUGCAUAUUGCAGUCUCUGAUGUUUCCGACGACGUUCGACGCGCUGCGGUCACCUCACUUGCGUUCUUGUUAUUCAAGAACCCUAGUCAAGUACCACGCAUAGUUCAGCUACUCAGCGAAAGCUACAACCCUCACGUACGUUGCGGAGCUACACUUGCCCUGGGUAUAGCAUGUGCUGGCACAGGCAUGCAGGAUGCUAUCGAAAUCCUGGAGCCAAUGACGAAGGAUAGCGUUGACUUUGUACGUCAGGGUGCAUUCGUUGCACUUGGAAUGAUCCUCCUCGAGCAAUCUGAGGCAUCUUCUCCGUCAUUAGCAUCUACGCGUUCACUUUAUAGUAGAAUCGUCGCCGAUAAACAUGAAGAUCCAAUGGCCAAACUCGGUGCAGCAUUAGGUCAAGGGCUCAUUGAUGCUGGAGGACGGAACGUGACUAUCAAUCUUCAAAGUCGAGCAGGAAGUAGAAACACCAAUGCGAUUGUUGGUAUGGUCUUAUUUUGUCAAUUUUGGUACUGGUAUCCCCUUGCCCAUUGCGCUUGUCUUGCCUUUGAACCUACUGGAAUUAUUGGAUUGGACGGCGACUUGAAGGUGCCCAAAUUCGAGUUCACCUCGAACGCUAAACCAAGUUUGUUCGCCUACCCACCUACGACGGCACCACCCAAGAAGGAGACUGUUAUCAAGGUUGCAACAGCUGUUCUGUCGACGACCGCCAAAGUCAAAGCUAGAGAGAAGAAAAAAGCUGCGGCAGAAGGGGACGCGAUGGAAACCGACGAGAAGCCUGAUGUGAAAACUGAGGGUGAUGGGGAUAUCGAGAUGAAAACCGAGGGUUCGUCGAAAGAGGUAUACGUACUUAGUACAUCCCCAGCGGGCACCUCUAAAUCGGCGAAGAAGGAGCCAUCAUCUGAAACUUUGCCAAAUCUCUCUAGGGUCACACCUGCUCAGCUUGCAUACAUAAGUUUCCCCGCUGAUGGAAAGUAUCAACCCGUCCGUGCGGUCACUGCCAAACCAGUUUCAACUCGAGGAGGAAAGACCACCAAGCAAGUUGAGGAGAAGGCUGCUGGCGGAGGCGGUAUCUUGAUCUUGGUCGAUCGGCGUCCUCAAGAGACAGCAGAAUUCAUUCAGUUUGAGACUGUGAUACAACCCCCGCCUGCUGAUCCAGUCUCAACAGACAAUGACGAUACAACCCGUUCUGUUGAAUCUGGUCCGCAUAUAGCGCUCGAUGAGGAUACAUCAGAGGCGGAAGCUCCAUCAUCUUUUGAGGUAAAUUUAGUAUUUUUCAAAUUUGAUAUCGACGUUUUCACGGAAACUCUUUCCGAUGAAGAUAGCUUAGCAAAGCAACUCGAACCUUAUGAGAUAAUUUGUGCAAUGCGCGAGCGUACAAAAUUUCUCCCGUCAUUGUUGGAUCGUUUGCCCAAUUUGCGGUACCAAAAAUUAAUUGCCACUACCGGUCGAGUGAAUAGAAGCAUUGACGUGGAUUAUGCCAAAAAGAAAGGGAUAUACGUUUCUGGUACGGGAAGUGCUGGGAAUGCAACAGUCGAACACAUUUGGGCUUUGAUAAUGAGUGUGGCUCGUCAAAUUGUCGCUGAACAUAUCAAUAUAAGGAUGGGCAAUCCUCAGUGGCAGACUGUCGUGCCCAUCGGACUUGCCGGUUCUACACUGGGCUUGAUUGGGGUAGGUAGGCUGGGAUCAGCAACUGCCAAAAUUGCGAAAGUGUUUGGGAUGAAAGUCAUUGGCUGGUCUCCGAAUCUUACGCCAGAACGUGCAGAAGCUCAGGGAGUAGAAUUCAUUGCGUCAAAGCAAGAAUUGCUGGGUCGUAGUGACAUUGUAUCGCUGCACUUGGUUCUAUCGGAAAGAACGACGAAAAUAAUCAAUGCAGCAGACCUGGCUUCAAUGAAAAUGUCGGCUUAUCUGAUCAAUACAUCUCGAGGACCUCUUAUCGAUGAACCUGCCCUCGUCGACGCUUUGAAGAACAAGAAAAUAGCAGGGGCGGGACUAGACGUGUUUGAACAAGAACCUCUUCCACUGGAUCAUCCACUCAGGUUCCUAGAUAACGUUACGCUGAGUCCCCACAAUGGAUAUGUCAACCAAUCCAAUUAUGAGGUUUUUUGGACGGAGACAGUAGAGAACAUAAGCGGUUAUUUGGAAGGGAAGCCUCGGUCGCUAUUACAGUAA